AUGCUGAGAAGGAAUACCUACCUGCAUCGCAAGUACGCCAAGUUGAGCGUCGACGAUAUCGCCGUCUGCAACUGCCUCCCCAUCAAGGGCAAGGUUGCCUGCGCUGAUCAGACCUGCGCCCUCAGGCAGAUCUACGUCGAGUGUACCCCGGGCUUCUGCCCUUGCGGGGACUCUUGCCAGAACCAGCGGUUUCAGAAGUGUCAGUACGUCAGGACGGAGGUAAAGAAGGUGGACAAGCGAGGCUGGGCCCUCUUCACUAUGGAGGACGUUCAGCAAGGAACGUUCGUCAUCGAGUACAUGGGCGAAAUCCUCAACAGGCGAAUGUACGAGAGGAGGAAGAAGGCGUACGCAAAGGAGAAGCACACAUACUUCAUGGUUCUCAACACCAGCCCAAUCUUCGAGGUCAUCGAUGCCUCGAGGAAGAGCUCGAUGGGUCGCUUCAUCAAUCACUCCUGCGAUCCCAACUGCCAUACCCAUCGGUAUCGCAGCUUGGGGGAAGUCGUGGUCGGCAUCUUUGCCAAGCGCGACAUUGAGAAAGGGGAAGAAAUCACAAUCGACUACCAGAUGUUCGACGGGGCAGCCACCAAGAAAUGUCACUGCGGCGCCAAAAACUGCAAGGGGUUCCUGGGGUCAUGA